ACUAGCCGUGUGCUGUCCACAGUCAUGGACAACGACACAAAAGGUUUGGAACGCUUGGUGGUCUUCGACUGCGAUAUUGGAUCGGAUGAUGCUUGGGCCUUGGCUCUUUUGCUACGGGGAGAACGGUUGUCCUUACCUGGAGGAAAACGGUGCAAGGUGGUGGCGAUAACUUGUGUCCAGGGCAAUACGGAUGUGGAGAAUGGCACACAGAACGCCCUGAGAAUACUAAACUUACUGGAGAGGCGGGAUGUUCCAGUUUUUAGGGGCUGUGCCAAUCCCAUUAUACCUCGAACAUGGCAGGACCAAUCUCGCUUCCAUGGCAUCGAUGGCUUAAAGGACGUGGGCGACUAUCCGGAUGUGAGUGAUCUGCAGGAACAACUGCAGCAGGAGCACGCCGUGAACGCCAUGUACCGGUUGGCUUGUCUGAAUCCGAAACAAGUGGACUUUCUGCUGUGUGGACCGCUCACCAACUUUGCCAACUGCAUUAACCUCUAUGGGGAUGCCUUCUUAGAGAAGAUUGGUGGGGUGUUCAUCAUGGGGGGAAAUAUCUAUGGCCGCGGCAAUGUCAUGAAGUGUGCCGAAUUUAAUUUCAUGAUGGAUCCCGAGGCGGCUCACAUAAUUUUGGAGCGAUUGAAAGAACCAGCGCUAAUUCUGCCCUGGGAACCCAGUGUCGAAGACAGCUUUUAUUUGACACUGGACUGGAGGCUAAAUGUCUUGGGGUCUGUGGAGCACCCCUUUGUAAAACUGCUGACCAGAGUUGAGCGAGCAAUGAUGGAGCCUCGUGGCAUCAAGAAAUGGCUCAAUCCCGACGCCGCUCUCGCAGCUGCCUAUCUUUUCCCAGAGGCGAUGAUUGCCGAGCAACUGGAGUACCAUGCCACAGUGGAAUUAGCCGGAGUCCACACUCGUGGCCAGAUGGUACUAGAUCAUCUGCGAGGACGUCGGGUGGAUGUCAUUCAUGGAAAGAAGAGCAAUGUUCGGAUCAUAACACAUCUCAAUAAAGAGCCUUUUCGUACUAUUAUGUCCUGGACGGGAUUUCUACCAGGAGCAGAUAUUUCAAAGCUGUGCAAGCAGGAAUAA